AUGACAACCUACAUCCCCUCCCUAACAAUCCCCUCCGCUGUCCUCCAGCACCCCGCCGCAUCCGUCCUGCUCCCCAUAGCCCUAGGAACAGCUGUCGGCUUCGGAACGCGCCCAGCCGAGACGCAAAAGACAUACUUGGCGUUGAAGCAGCCUCCCCUGCGCCCACCACCCUGGGUGUUUGGUCCGGUCUGGACAGUUCUCUAUGGCUUAAUGGGCUAUGCGUCUCACCGCAUCGCCACAAUCGGCCUGUCGUCCGUGUCGCCUGCUGUCGUGGAGACUGCGCAAUCGAGUUUAACCCUGUAUACAAUCCAGCUGGGUCUUAAUCUCGCGUGGAUGCCCCUCUUCUUCGUGGCCAAGCGCCCUGUUGAGGCGAGCGUGAAUAUCGUCACACUCCUCGGAUUGAAUGGGUAUUUGGCAUAUGUUUGGGGCUCCAUUGAUGAAGUCGCUGGGUGGUGCCAGGUUCCCUAUCUGGGAUGGCUGGGCUUUGCGACAUAUCUGUGUGUUGGCGCGGGGCAUUUGAAUGAUUGGGAUUUACAGGAGAAGGAGGUGAAGAAGGAGUAG